AUGAAGAACUCAUUCUCAAAACAUAAAUUUAAAAACAUUAACUUUGUCAAACCGCUUUAUAGAAAAGUGAGUAAGGUAAAACCUAAAACACAGUCUGUUGCACUCAAUGUUGACAAUAAUAAACUACAUGGCGAUGGAUUGUGGCUCAAAAGAAAAAUAUUUAGAGAUAAAAGCGUUGAUUUUGAUCUAACUUCUAUUAAACGUAGAAGUAGUCGCUUUAAAUAUUUGCCAGGUGAAUGUCAAGACAUAAAUAUUAUAUCAGAUAUAAAAAUAAACGGUAAUAUGCAUGACGAUGAAGUGUUUAGUGUAACAAAUAAUAGGUUAGGUAAUGUGGUGGAAAAUAAUAUCGGAAUGCAAGAAAACAAAAUGGAGAAAUCAGUGCAAGCUAACAAUAAAUUAGUGUUUUCUGAAAAGAAUACCGCUUGCUGGUUGAAAGUGUUUCCAGCACCCCAAUCGCCUGGAGAUACGAUAUGCUCCAUAAUCUUCAGAUGCCUGGUCUGCCAGUUGGGGUUAGCGUCAUUUCUCGUUCUCUGGACUAUGAUAUGGGUGUUCAUCAUAAAUGCCUAUGAAGAACCUCAUGAACAUAAAGUGUCAAGGGAGUUCGAAAGACAACAAAACCAACUGGUGAUCGAUUUAGCAACGGAAUUACGUCAGAUAACACCCCUGUCUCCUCGUUGGAAAGAAGCUAUCGAGAGGCGGAUAGAAGACGAGCGAAAGCUGACGAUGAAGGCCGUGGGUCGAGGCGCCAUCCUCCACCCUGGACAUUACUGGAAACCUUCUGGAACAUUGCUGUUUACUGUUUACGUUAUGACUGCGUUGGGCUUCGGUGCUCCGGUGCCACAGACGCUGUGGGGGCGUACUGCAGCCCUCGUUUAUGCAGUACUAGCAGUGCCCACGCAUAUAUAUUUAAGGAGCCCGACAUGCAGUAGAAAUUCAGACGUUAUGAAGGCAAGGAAAUCAUUUAGAGAAAAAAUGCUUAAUUUUCUAAGCUUCCUUUGUGUGGGCCGUUGCGUUCCGUUUGCAGCAGUUCUGUACUACACCCUCGGAUCAGUCGCCUUUGGGGUCCUCCGGGGUAAAAUGGGACUGGAUGUGGCGAUGUUCCCCCUGGAAUUCACCACCAGCGGGGGACUUGAGCACGUAGAAGAACACGUUCGAUUCCUAUACGGUUUUUACGUGGAAGGCGCCAUGAUUCUUUUGUCUUGCAUACUGGCAGCCAUUAGACUCCACAGCACCGCCGCCGCCUCGUCAGUGGCUGAUCAUUAUAAACUGUUUGUUUAUGAAACCAUAGACUAG